AUGAGUGCCCGCGAACCAGACUCGGUCGCCAACCGCGACACUCCCAUACCCAUGGUCCAAAUCCACCCAGCAGACGACCGUACGCCCAACACCGACGAUGGCAAAACACAUCGCCUCUCAGCGAGCAAGCUCAAAGACAAGUUGGAAUCACUCGGCGACAACCUAGGACGCGAUUCCUCGAGCAGAAUGGGGGAUCGAAUGGUCAACCUCCUUCUAUCCCAAAUCCUCCCAACAGAAGACAUGUCCGACUCCCCAGAUUCGACAUCAAACACAGACACCCCCCGCGCAAAAGACCGCCCCUCGCCAACCCACGACUCCCGCCCAAACUUCAGCCUCCCAACCAUGUCCUCAAACUUUCGCCGCUUCAACUCCCGCAUCGGCGUAGCCUUCGUCUUCCAGAACCGCGUAAUCCACCUCCUCACCUGGAAACACCCCACCCAAACCCUCUCCUUCCUCUUCAUCUACACAUUCGUAUGCAUAAACCCGCACCUCCUCCCCGUCCUCCCGCUAGCCAGCUGCCUCUUCUUCGUCAUGGUCCCCGCCUACCUAACCCGGCACCCACCCCCACCGACCAGCCUCCCAACGGACCUCUACCCGCUCGGCGGCCCCCCACUAGCAGACGCGCGCACCACCAAGCCGGUGCCAGAGUUCUCAAAGGACUUCUUCCGCAACAUGCGCGACCUGCAGAACUGCAUGGAAGACUUCAGCACCGGCCACGACGCAGUCCUAUCCUUCAUAACCCCCUUGACGAACUUCUCAAACGAAAAUCUCAGCUCAAUGCUCUACCUCUUACUCCUCUUAUUGUCCUGCGCACUUUUCAUCUCCGCACACCUCCUCCCCUGGCGCGCCAUCUUCCUCACAACAGGCUACGCGCUCGUCGCCCUCGGCCACCCAACCAUCCAAUCCCACCUCGCCACCCCGGAAACCUCACAACGCAUCGCCUCCGCCGAGCACGAAUCCCGCGCCUUCCUCCUCCGCAUAUCAAAAUCCGACAUCGAGCUCGAAACCGCCCCGGAGCACCGCGAGGUGGAGAUCUUCGAGCUGCAGCACCGCGCGCUGCAUAACGAUCUAGGCGAGUACCAGCCCGUGCUGUUUGGCGUCGGGCCGUAUGCCCCACUAUCUCCAGCACGUAUCAGCGGCGACCGCCCGCGCGGGUCCCCGUUCUUCGAGGAUGUGCUCCCGCCGAGGGGCUGGCGCUGGAGCGAUAAGAAGUGGACGCUUGAUUUGCUGUCGCGGGAGUGGGUGGAGGAUCGGUGUGUGACGGGGGUGGAGGUGGAGAUUGAGGGGGAGAGGUGGGUGACGGAUUUGCAUUAUGAGGUUUUGGAGCAUGAGGGGGAGAGACGCGGGGGUGGUGGGGGGAAGAGGGCGAAUGCGGGGAGUAGGGAUGUGGGGGAGGAGGAGAGGGCGGUCUUGCGGCGCGCGUGGGAGAGUCAUGCGCCGGCUAGGAAGGGGGAGUGGAGGCGUAGGAGGUGGGUGAGGACUGUGGAGCGCAUGUCGUUUAGGGGGUCGGCUACGGUGUGA